AUGGGCUCUGCUCGCUCACGUGUAGCCCGUAGGGCUGUCGGGACUUCUCUGGGCCAAGCUGGAAACUCACCACGUGCAUUGAUCAAGGAAGGUUCGGCUGUUGCUGCGGACAUGGUAAUCCAAAUAGGGACAACUAUUGGAGUCUGUUCUGGUGGAUUUGGAAUAGGUGCUGUAGGAUUUGGCUGGGCCACAAUUUCAUCUUAUCUUGGGAAUCCACUGGCCAGUCCAGAACUUCUCAUUGUAUUCCAGUGGCUUAUUUACAGCGACGGUUCAGGAACCGGUCUCGCUAAAGUUAGUGAGAAAAAGAGUGAAAAUUGUGAUGUGAAUAACGGGACGAUGGGUGGAAAGGGUGGGAAGAAGGGUAUUGAAUCGAGGAUUGAGGGAUGGAGAGUGAGGAAGGGAAGGAGAAUGGUGAAGAAGAAAAGUGGUUUCAAAGGAAGAGGAAGGUAA